AUGAGCCCUAACUUCGAAUUUUUUAGUCGUCGUCCAAGUGCGAAAGGUUGCAAAACACGCGCGUUUCUAUUAAUGGUGAUCAAUUCAAAUCCUCAAAAUUUUGAAAAACGUAAUGCUAUAAGAAAGACUUGGGGCAACGGCUCUGAUUAUAAUAAUUUAUUAAAUACCACUUACGCAUGGAGGACAGUUUUCAUAAUAGGCCGAAAGGCCUCGGAAGAUGUUAACCAGAAGAUUGAAGAAGAAUCCGUAAAAUAUGGGGAUUUAGUAUUAGGUGAUUUCAUUGAUCAUAUGAAAAAUCUUACUUUUAAGACUUUACUUGGUAUGCGGUGGGCAAAUAGUUUUUGCAAGCCUAUGUUCCUGUAUAAAGGUGAUGACGACGUCUUUGUUAAUGCCCCACGUUUGUUCCAGUACUUAGUCAAAUUGGCGAAUGAAAAUACGACAAAGUUAUGGCUUGGUCGGGCUAACUUCAAACCUGGUGAGCGCAUUCCUAUUCGUGACAAGAAGCAUAAAUACUUUGUAUCGUACCAAGAUUUUAAUGAAACGUUAUUUCCUGCAUUUUGUUCUGGAUUCUCUUAUAUAUUUUCUUACGAUGUUUUGAGAGAUAUGUUAUUAGUGGUUAAAUACUUUAAGAAGUUAGAAACCAUCGACGAUAUUUAUAUUUCUUUAUUGGCAAGGAAAAUUGGAGUAAAACCGACACAUCAUAAAGGGUUUCAUUGGUUUAACCCACCCAAUCCUAAUCAUAUGUUUACAGUGUACGAAAUUAGUUCCAGGUUUGCUGAACAUGAUAUUAAACCUAAUCAGCAGGAAAAACUGCUUAAAAUGGCUAAAGUGGGUAUGAAAUUGUUUCCUAAGGUGUAUUGA